AUAUAUUUUGGCCCUUCAGAGUCGCCGUACUUUCUUUAACACACGCGUAUUCCGGUUUUAUCAAUAAGCUACUGGGAGCUAAAUUUUAAACAUGACAGAGAAAGCAGAUGUAGAUUUAACUGGUGCCAAGCUGAAUACGGGUGUGUGGCUUGUAAAGGUGCCCAAGUACCUUUCUCAGCAAUGGGCAAAAGCAACCGGCAGAGGAGAAGUUGGGAAGAUCCGAAUCUGCAAGAAAGGAACACAAGGAAAACCAGAGGUGUCUUUCACAUUAAAUGAAGAGCUGACUGUGAUUGAGGGAAUAGAAGACAAGACUGUAUCUGCACCUCGUGAACACCCGUUCACCAUGCAGUCAGUGGGAGGUCAGAUGUUGGCAGUCUUCACUGAAACUUCAUCAGGCCAGUCAGAAGAGAGAUCUGAUGGCACCAGCUCAGGUUCGGGGGCAGGGGCCGGACCAGAUAAAAUUGCCUUGGAGGGAGUGGUAGUGCAGAGAGCAGAGUGCAGACCCGCUGUUAGUGAAAGCUACAUGAGACUGAAGAAGUUACAAAUUGAAGAGUCCUCCAAACCAGCCAGGUUGUCACAACAGUUAGAUAAAGCAGUCACCAGCAACUAUAAACCUGUUGCCAACCAUGCAAACAAUCUUGAGUAUGAGCGGAAAAAGAAGGAAGAAGGCAAAAGAGCGCGAGCUGACAAACAGCAGGUGUUGGACAUGUUGUUUUCAGCUUUUGAAAAACACCAGUACUACAACAUCAAAGACCUGGUGGAUAUCACCAAACAGCCUGUGAGUUACUUGAAGGACAUCUUGCAUGAUAUCGGCAACUACAAUGUGAAGGGGACACACAAGAAUACCUGGGAGCUCAAACCAGAGUAUAGACAUUACCAAGGCGAGGAAAAAACUGACAAGUAGUUUGAUUCAUCCCUUUCAACACCUGUUCAUGAGAUGGGGAUCCUUGGAGUUUACUCCAUAUGUUAGGUCUCAAAGCAUGACUGCUGUGGUCAAGUAUUACAUGAGGUUAGGUGAAAUUGUUUUACUGGAAGAAAAUGGGGAGGUGGCUUGAGGUUUUACACUUGGCCUUUUCAGCGCAUCAAGGUAACGCCUCUUUGUGUGUUUGAUACAGAAACAUUAAGCAUUUCAUGAAUAUGCAUUUUUGAAUUCUAAUUCUUAGCAUUGAAUUGGUUUUAGAAGGGGUUGAGGUUGCAAACCACAAUUGGUUUGCACCACUUAACAUUCAGUAGACUUAGCAUUGUGUUAAAUUAUGACUGGCAAACACUUUUACUAUAUUCCUAAAAUUGCUUAAUGUUCCCAAGUAGCUGAAAUUCACUGUUUUUAAACUUUAUAUUGUCAAUAAAGGUUUCUCAGUCCUUUCAA